CGCCUUGCUGCCCUCAGCGUCCGCCUGUCGCUUCUCCAUCCCUCGCUCUUUCCGUCUCCCUGGCAACGGCGCCCUCCCCGCCCCCUCUGGCCUCCCCCGAUGUCCGCCGGCGACGGGCGCCCCUCGCAGCCCCCCUCGCGCUUCAGCACCGCGGCCGCCGCCAUGCAGGGGGAGGACGCCCGGUACCUCAAGAGGAAGGUAAAGGGGGGAAAUAUUGAUGUACAUCCAUCAGAAAAGGCACUUAUUGUUCACUAUGAAGUGGAAGCUACCAUCCUUGGGGAGAUGGGAGAUCCCAUGCUGGGAGAGCGAAAGGAGUGUCAAAAAAUCAUCCGACUGAAGAGUCUCAAUGCAAACACAGACAUUUCUUCCCUGGCUCGGAAGGUGGUGGAGGAAUGCAAGCUUAUUCACCCCUCCAAACUAGCAGAGGUAGAACAGUUGCUGUAUUACCUGCAGAACCGCAGAGACACCUCAUCGGCAAAAGAAAAGAAGGAAAAAUCCAAUAAGCCAAAAGAUCCACCACCUUUUGAAGGGAUGGAGAUUGAUGAAGUAGCCAAUAUCAAUGACAUGGACGAAUACAUUGAACUACUUUAUGAAGAUAUUCCUGAUAAAGUGCGUGGUUCUGCACUCAUUCUGCAGCUGGCCAGAAAUCCUGAUAAUCUGGAAGAACUUCUGCUUAAUGAAACUGCACUGGGGGCUUUGGCCAGAGUUCUACGAGAGGACUGGAAACAAAGUGUAGAACUUGCUACUAAUAUCAUUUAUAUUUUCUUCUGCUUCUCCAGUUUUUCUCAGUUUCAUGGACUUAUCACACACUACAAGAUUGGGGCUCUCUGCAUGAACAUCAUUGAUCAUGAAUUGAAGAGGCAUGAGCUGUGGCAGGAAGAACUCACCAAGAAGAAGAAAGCUGUUGAUGAAGAUCCUGAUAAUCAGACCCUGAAAAAAGAAUAUGAAAAAACCUUUAAAAAGUACCAGGGGCUUGUUGUCAAGCAAGAGCAGCUACUUCGAGUUGCCCUUUACCUGCUGUUGAAUCUUGCGGAGGAUACUCGUACUGAGCUGAAGAUGAGAAACAAAAACAUUGUCCACAUGUUGGUGAAAGCUCUGGACCGGGAUAACUUUGAGCUGCUGAUACUGGUUGUGUCAUUUCUGAAGAAACUCAGCAUCUUCAUGGAAAACAAAAAUGAUAUGGUUGAAAUGGAUAUUGUUGACAAACUGGUUAAAAUGGUACCAUGUGAACAUGAAGAUUUGCUGAACAUUACUCUUCGACUUUUAUUGAACCUUUCAUUUGACACAAGCUUGAGAAAUAAAAUGGUACAAGUUGGGCUUCUUCCAAAACUCACUGCAUUGUUGGAAUUCAUCAUGCGAAAGGCUGGACUAGAUGAAUCCCAAGCCGGAAUUAAGAUUGCCGGAAGAAAUAUCAACAACCUCAGAUAUGCAGAUGACACAACCUUGAUGGCAGAAAGCGAGGAGGAAUUAAAGAACCUUUUAAUGAGGGUGAAAGAGGAGAGCGCAAAAUAUGGUCUGAAGCUCAACAUCAAAAAAACCAAGAUCAUGGCCACUGGUCCCAUCACCUCCUGGCAAAUAGAAGGGGAAGAAAUAGAGGCAGUGAGAGAUUUUACUUUCUUGGGCUCCUUGAUCACUGCAGAUGGUGACAGCAGUCACGAAAUUAAAAGACGCCUGCUUCUUGGGAGAAAAGCAAUGACAAACCUAGACAGCAUCUUAAAAAGCAGAGACAUCACCUUGCCAACAAAGGUCCGUAUAGUUAAAGCUAUGGUUUUCCCAGUAGUGAUGUAUGGAAGUGAGAGCUGGACCAUAAAGAAGGCUGACCACCGAAGAAUUGAUGCUUUUGAAUUAUGGUGCUGGAGGAGACACUUGAGAGUCCCAUGGACUGCAAGAAGAUCAAACCUAUCCAUUCUUAAGGAAAUCAGCCCUGAGUGCUCCCUGGAAGGACAGAUCGUGAAGCUGAGGCUCCAAUACUUUGGCCACCUCAUGAGAAGAGAAGAAUCCUUGGAAAAGACCCUGAUGUUGGGACAGAUUGAGGGCACUAGGAGAAGGGGACGACAGAGGACAAGAUGGUUGGACAGUGUUCUCGAACAUGGGGUCACGAAGAGUCGGACACGACUAAACGACUAAACAACAACAACAACAUCUGCAAAAUUAGUUUCUGGAUAUUCUCAAUCAGUGUUCGAAACUCACAUUGUUCUAGGUGCAUUUUGUGACAGGGAAUUUCAUUAGCACAAGCAGUUUCUGAGCUCUGGGUGCAGUACUGCGCCUAAGAUUUCAGAUUAAAACUGCAGAGUGGAAGGAAAGGAGGACCUUUUUCUGCCUCCCCACUUCCAGCUACUCUCUGAAGACUGGAAAAGAGACCCUCUUAAAAGGGCAGGGGAAGGACUAGACUAUGUGAAAAAUGAACAUAAUAUUUUAGCUGCAGGUCAUUCAUUUUCAGCUUUGUAUUCUUAUUAUUAAAAAAGCAUGCCUAGACAUUCCAUUGUUGCCUUAUAACCUCGGUUUAAGGUGCCAUUUAGCUCCUAGCUUUCAUAUCUCAGUUUCUAACACUGUUCUCAAUAUUUAUUUGUGUGGCAGUUCUUUAGUACAGGAAUAUAACAAGACUGCAUAUUUAUUUCUCUGUCCAGAUCAUCACUUUACAUAGUCAUCCAGCUAAAAGAUGUAUUUUGGAGGGACAUCCAAUCUGAUGAAGUUCAAACAGGUCACUGUUUGUAGUAAUAUUGAAUUACCUAUUGGCAAGGGCAUAACAUUUAUAAUUCUGAACCCUCACUUACAUUCUGCUUUUUAUAUGAUCAUCAUAACAGUUGCUUUAAGUGGCUGAAAGUCCUUUGGUAUAUUGACAAAGGCAGCACAUAUCACAAGGUCUCGAAAGACUUCUGCUGAUAUGCCCACACAGAUAUUUAGCACCUCAUGAACCUGUUUGUCUCCAGAAAGAACCCAGCUUGCUUUCCGCCAGCCAGUUCUGUCAAAAACUUCUACCACGCAUAUCAGUUAGUUAGCUGUACUUUUCUUUUGUUGGCUGCAAGUUUUGUGCAGACUGUUGUGAAGCUGGGCAAGGCAAAUCCUACAGAGAUGGCUUUUUAUUCCCCUAACAGCUGAAAACCCAAGCCUUGGGAGCCUGUUUCCAUCUAGCCUUGUCCAGAGAGGUGUGAGCAACAAAAUAUUUCCUCAUAAUUCUCUUGUAAUCCUGGCAUGACCCUGUUUUGUGUUGGUUUGAAAAUAAGAGGAAUGGCUGUCGGCCUGUCUGAAAAAAGUAGGUUGGGAUCUCAGUGUGCUUGAAACACGCUUGUGGAUACUACACAGACAGACACUUGGGGUGGAUUUUUGCAUUCUGUUUCUUGAUUUUUGCGUGGUGCCUUAUGGGUGCUUUUUUAUAUAGAAAAAAUUGUGUCCGUACCCACCACGAAGUUGUUCUAGUAAGUGCCACACUUUUAACAUUUGGAAAAGAAGGUGCUGGUACUGUGUGCCUCAGAGUACCCCCAUGGGAAAAAGCACUGGGCCGUCAAGAUAGCAGGGGGAGCUAAUGGGUUGCUCUCUAGAAGUUAUGGACUACAGCUCCCAUUACCACUAACCAUUACUAUGGUACCUCUACUUACGAAUUUAAUGCGUUCCGAACACACAUUUGUAAGUCGAAAAAAUUUGUAAGUCGAAUCCCAUAGGAAUGCAUUGGGAGAAAAAAAAUCGUAAGUAGAAGCAACCCUAUCUAAAAAUUCGUAAGUAGAAAAAAAUCCUAUCUAAACCGCAUCCAAGAUGGCGGACGGAGCUCCAGUCGUAAGUAGAAACAUUCGUAAGUAGAGUUAUUCGUAAGUAGAGGUACCACUGUAUAUGAAUCAGGUGGCUUGAUAGUCAUUGGAAGCUUAAACAAAAGGAACUGUAACAAUCUAAGUGCACCAUUCCAUCUUUUGAAAGGACAGGAAGGCCUUUCUUGACAACCUUUCAGAACAUAAAGAGGAUUGUGGCAGAAUGAAUUGAUUAUUGUAAGUUAGUGCUGGGCCCAGAUAAAUUAUGCUUGAGUGGUGUUAUACCGUAGUCCAGGGUUAGAGAGCUGGCCAGUGGACUGGAUCCUGAUCUCCCCCAACCCCUGUGGGUCAUUUUAACAGGUCAUUUUAACAGGUGAGUGAGGGUUGUCCACCUAUCAUUCCCUGCUUCCUGCAUCAUUCUUUGCAGGUUUAGGGCAGGUGGUUUAGGGUUUAGGGCAGGUGGGUGUGGCUUGGAAGAAAUGGCCUUCCCAGCCAAACCACAGAGCCUAGGGCUUGCUGAUCAGAAGGUCAGCGGUUCAAAUCCCCGUGGCAGGGUGAGCUCCCGUUGCUCGGUCCCAGCUCCUGUCAACCUAGCAGUUCGAAAGCAUGACAAAGUGCAAGUACAGUGGUACCUUGGUUUAAGUACACAAUUGGUUCCGGAAGUCUGUACUUAACCUGAAGUGUACUUAACCUGAAGUGAACUUUCCCAUUGAAAGUAAUGGAAAGUGGAUUAGAAUCAUAGAAUCAUAGAGUUGGAAGAGACCACAAGGGCCAUCCAGUCCAACCCCCUGCCAAGCAGGAAACACCAUAAAAGCAUUCUUGACAUAUGGCUGUCAAGCCUCUGCUUAAAGACCUCCAAAGAAGGAGACUCCACCACACUCCUUGGUAGCAAAUUCCACUGCCGAACAGCUCUUACUGUCAGGAAGUUCUUCCUAAUGUUUAGAUGGAAUCUUCUUUCUUGAAGUUUGAAUCCAUUGCUCCAUGUCCGCUUCUCUGGAGCAGCAGAAAACAACCUUUCUCCCUCCUCCAUAUGACAUCCUUUUAUAUAUUUGAACAUGGCUAUCAUAUCACCCCUUAACCUUCUCUUCUCCAGGCUAAACAUACCCAGCUCCCUAAGCCGUUCCUCAUAAGGCAUCGUUUCCAGGCCUUUGACCAUUUUGGUUGCCCUCUUCUGGACACGUUCCAGCUUGUCAGUAUCCUUCUUGAACUGUGGUGCCCAGAACUGGACACAGUACUCCAGGUGAGGUUAAUCCGUUCCAGAUGGGUCCGCGGAGUACUUAAACUGAAAGUACUCAAACCAAAGCGUACUUAAACCGAGGUAUGACUGUAGAUAAAUAGGUACCGCAGGAAGGUAAACAGUGUUUCCGUGUGCUGCUCUGGUUUGCCACAAGCGGCUUAGUCAUGCUGGCCACAUGACCUGGAAGCUGCUCCCUCGGCCAGUAACGCAAGAUGAACGCCGGAACCCCAGAGUCGGUCACGACUGGACCUAAUGGUCAGGGGUCCCUUUACCUAUGCAUUCUAACACUGUGACACCAGAUGGUGCUGUGGAGUUCUGUUUUUGCUAACUCGAUUUCUCAUACAAAGUUUGAGAUGCAUUUAAUUGAAACACUUCUUUGAUGUGUCUAGAUCCAGCUUUUGUUUCCCUAGGAAAAAUUUUCUUGACAAAUAUAGUGUAAUAAGGCCUGUCUCUGAAGUCACUUGAUCCAUCUGCCUAUAAAGUUGAAUUGUUCAUCAAAAUUGGGGCAUCGUAAAACUAUGUUAACCAAGAUGAUUUUUAAAGUUAGUAAAUAGUUUUUAACCUUCUUUUGACUGCAAAACCUUGUUCUUUUUCCUGAAUCAGUUCUAUGAGGGGUGGUGCCGUUGGUAAAAAAAAUGAAUGAGAAAAUGUUUGUACAAUCCCAGUUCAAAAUGAUUCUCCACCUCAGCUACAUAGUUUCACAUUUGUGGCAUAAUUGAAUGGCCUUAACUUUGAUUGUGGUUAUUUUUUCUAAACCCCCUUCCGAGAAAGGCCUGGUCUUCAAAACCUGUUUGCUACUUCGGAUUUCUCUGAAGGAAAGUAUUGCAAUUUGUUUCUUUAAUAAGUGGUGAUUUAGAACCUCGAAACAGAUGAUCAUAUUCAAAUCUGGAGAUAAACACGUUCAUGGAGUGCCGAAGUGCUAAAUAUCUGUUUGGGCAUAUCAAGUUGUGCUUAUACUGUAACUUGUAACUGCUGCCUCCUGUGCUUUUGCUGUACUUGCAACACUGAAGUGACCUCGUAGACGCAAACUUGGGUAGUGUGUAUGGAGGUGCUGGGCUGCCCAAGACUUGCCCCUGCCUUGCUGUUGUGGUCCAAAGAAAAGGAAAGCAAUACAUUUGGUACCAGCUUGGUGGCAGGAGUUGCCCGAAGGAGGCAUAUCAGACACUAUCCAACAGCCUUAGGGACUCCACUCCAGAUUUGUGUAGGGUUUACUCCUUAGCCUUUUAUUCUCCCAAAGAUGUACUGCAAGACAUUUUUCCUUGGGGUUUACAACCAAAGCCUUUUUAAUGAAUGAGUGUGUAGCCACAAGGCUGCAGUGGUUUAGGGCCUGAGUUUUCCUUCUCCUAGUUGGGCUACUUUGCCAGGUUGCCCAUCUGCGCUUCAAGCUUAACUUGUUCACAAAGUUUAAUUGAUAGUCAAAAACAACUGCAAAUAAACUUUGUUUUUAUGUCUUUACACAUGUAUUGUAUAUGUGUAAAUAUAUGCUGCUAUUGUGUUCAGUUUUAUCUUCAACUUUUAAAAAGUUGAAUGCCUUCUUUGUCUACCAGAGCUAUGAUCUUUUUUCUUUUUUAAAAUAAAGGUUCCAUUAUUUUUAUGAACAUUUAUUUCCAAGAAGUUUUAAACCAACUUUUCCUUUAUGCCCUGGCUUGGCCUUUUCAUAAUGAAUUUAAUAUGCAGUUUCACACAUUUGUUUGAGAAAGGACCUUCUUAUGGGCUACAGCAAUGUUGUUCUAAUUUUAAUAAGCCUAAUUUAUCCUAUAAAGAAACAUACAUUUUCCAACCCGAUUAAGUGAGCAAACAAUUGGGGUUAGAUGUGGCAGAUCGUAACAGAAAGCACAUGUCCUGCCCUGAGAGCACAGCAUAGUCUCUUAUCAGGAUUGCUUGAAGUUAUUCAUGGUAGUAAAAUGUUAUGCUUCCUCCUGUUUUCCCAAUUAAAUGAGGAAACCUUUAUUCCUAUGGCAGUCCUACCACAGCUGGUUUCAAUAUUUUGUGUGUGAACAUUGCCUAAGGUGUCCUUUUCUUUCUAGCAGUAACUAGCUGAAUCAUAUUAAGAAUGAAAGGGAUUGGCCUUGGGAAAACAGUAAUUAUUCAGAGAUUUAUUCAGAAGGUGGGUUUUGUGCUAUUUGCAGCAUGCAUGGCUUGGAAAAACAUUUGCCUCCAUAAUCCAUGUAGGUCUAGAGUUGUCUAGAUAGAAGGCCCUAUGGCAAAAGAGAUCCUAGGCUAUGCUUGCACUGAAGUUUCAACAGUGCUAGAUUACGUCAUUCAAGGGUGGGUGGGAUUACAAAUUGCAGUUUUGCCUGUUUUUGAAGGGAAGCUCACCCAUAUUGCAGGAUUUGGUUCUAGUGCUACUUGGAUGGUCAUUUCCAGAAGGUGAUGCUUGGGGCCCCAUCAUAGCUGCCAAGUUUUCCCUUUUCUCGCGAGGAAGCCUAUUCAGCAUAAGGGAAAAUCCCUUAAAAAAAGGGAUAACUUGGCAGCUAUGGGCCCCAUGGAGCCUUCAGUUUGGGGUUCCUCGGGGUUUAAUUUUAUUCCCUGUGCUGUUUAACAUCUACAUGAAACCACUGAGUGAAGUUAUCUGGAGUUUGGGAGUAUAUUGUCAACAAUACCGGUAUGCUGAUGACACACAGCUCUACUUCUCCUUUACCCUUUCUGGUGAGACAGGGAUGAACGGGGACCAUGGCCUUACCUCAGUAAUGAAGAUGAGAGCCAACAAACUGAAACUUAAUCCAGAUAAGACCUAGGCCAGGCAUAGGCAAACUCAGCCCUCCAGAUGUUUUGAGACUACAAUUCCCAUCAUCCCUGACCGCUGGUCCUGCUAGCUAGGGAUCAUAGGAGUUGUAGUCCCAAAACAUCUGGAGGGCCGAGUUUGCCUAUGCCUGACCUAGGCACUGUUAGUGGGGUGAUAGAUGAAAGGUUGCUUGCUCUUGAUGGGGUUACACUUGCCCCUGAAGGAGCAGGUAUGCAGCUUGAGGGUAUUCCUGGAUCUUUUGGUGUCACUUGAGGCUCAGGUGGCCUCAGUGUUGUGGAGUGCCUUCCAUCAGCUUCUGCUGGUGGCCCAGAUGUGACCCUUUCUGGACAGGGAUAGAUCAACUUCUGUUUUCUUUGUUCUGGUAACCGCUAGGCUGGAUUACUGCAACACAUUAUACGUAGGGCUACCUCUGAAGACGGUUCAGAAACUUCAGCCUGGUGCAGAAUUCUGCUGGUUAAUUCCACCGUAUCUUAUGCUUUGUCAUACAGUCAGUGAGAGGGACGUUCCUUGUGUCUCAGUUCCAGGGCUGGUGUAAAGUUGCCCCAUUGACAGGGCUCAUGGUCUGGAGAGGUAUAGCAUAUGUGUGUGCCUCCCUGUGUUGUCUCCCACCCUGUCCCACUUUAAGGUGUUUUCAAAGGCAUACUUUUGCCAGCAGAACUGCUACACUGAUGAAGUUUUCCAUUGGCCUAUCUGCCAUGGUGGCAGCAUAUUUCAUGUUCCAUCGGCAUAGUAGGACUUCUGCCAUAUUGCCUCUUGGCCAGUGUGACUUUUUUUGCGGAAUUCCUCUGUUAAUCUAAAAAUUAUUACAUGUGGGAAAUAAAACAAAAAGUGGAAAAAUAAGCUCAAUAGGGUACAGGCAUUGUCUUGUUCUGUGUGGGAGCAGGCAAAGGUGAUAGGAUGGUAUGCAAAGGAAGGCAUACAUUUCGGGGUUUCAUGUAGUGAUGUGCACAUAUUCUUUAGCGCAGAUGCGUCACAUUGGUUCUAAUGAGUAGGGCGUACAAGUCACAAAAUGUAGAGAGAGGAUUAAAACCUCAGUGUUGCAUUGCAGCCCUAGCAUGGUUAGGGAUUGUGUACUAAUGAGCAGAAUAGAGUAGUUUUGGUCCAUAAUUGCUGCUACAUGGCUUGCUUAAUGUUCAAAAGCUUAAAAUAAUUUUGAACUUUGGAUCCAUCAUAUGUGUAGUUGGAGCUUUUAAUUUGUUUAAAACUUGUUGUGAAAACAGCCCAAGGGACACAAUAUUUUUCCACCCCAGCUGUUCCAGAUGAACUGCAGCUGCAAAUUUAACGGUAUUAUUUCUAUAAACCACUGAGUAUAUUUUAUAAUGGCAAUAAUUUCCACAGAAAAACCAGUUAUUGCUGCUAAUGACUGGGUUGUUGAGCAUUAACAGCCUUCAGCUGGGAAUGACCAAGUGUUCUGGAAUGGUAGUAUAAAUGCAAAGGACAAUUGAAUAACACUUUGGAAUAAUGAUUUGAUUAAUCAAUGAUAAAUUCCUGUGGGAAUAAAUUCAAAGUAUUUCUGACCACCCAGUUUAUUAGCCAGUGAGCUCAUCAUUAUUUAACCUUAUUACCAUAAUACAUAAUGUCCAGGCUGUUAGUUGCUAGAGCUGUCCUUAAGUGUUUUGGCCAAUGCACUGUUAGUCAUUAAAUGCUGUUGUUUUUAAGCAGCUUGUCUCUCUGCAAGGCAUCAUAUGACUAUUUUUAUCCUUGUCUUUUAAAAACCUUUGCAUAGAAUUGGCAUUUGUGUUUGUAUCUGAAUUGUUGCCUUGCUACGACUUUCCCUAUGAAACAUCAUGUAAUCUUGCACUCAAAUUGGGUCAAUAUGGUGUGCUGUGCUUCUCCCUUCUCUUUGCCUAUCUGCCUUCCAACUUUGUCCACUCAUAGUGCAAAUAACUGGCAGAUGCACAAUGACAUCAAAACUCCUUGUGAUAGAAAUUGAUGUGACAGUUAUUCGUGCUCUCCGAAUGUUGUUAGUACAAAAUGAGUGUUGACCACCCAUAAUGUCUUGGUCUACUUGACCAACUGCGUAACAAACCAAAGAGCUACCAGUCCCAUAACCUUUUUCUUGCUCUUCCCGUGCUUUCAGCAACCUGCUGCCUCUAGCAUAUUGCAGUGGUUGAGAAACUCACUUUCAAAUUGAGAUUGGCAAAGGGAAAAUAAUCAACAUUGGACUGUUAUAUGGAACGUGCCCGUGAUUUAUAUUAGAGCAGUGUUCCUCAACCUUGGGCCUCCAGCUGUUUUGGGACUACAACUCCCAUCAUCCUUAGCUAGCAGGACCAGUGGCCGGGGAUGAUGGGAGUUGUAGUUCCAAAACAGCUGGAGGCCCAAGGUUGAGGAACACUGUAUUAGAGGACACAGACCUGCGUAAGGAAUGACAGGGUGUAUGUAUUCCUCAAGUUCUGGGACAAGGUCUAGAGUGGGCAAAGAUGUAGGUUGUACAACUGAAAUAGCCUCCUUUUCACACUAGAUUUGGAGGAGGAAUGCGUUGAUGCUGUAGUGCUUAUACUAAGCUAUAUUGCUGUGUGCAAUAUCAUCCCCCUGCUUUGUUUUUUAUUUUUUUAUUGGGAGCGGGGCAAGAGAAGGAUUUGCCACAUGAUUCGGUGGAAGGAGUGAGUGUGGGUUUCUAAGCACUUUGAACUUAGAUUGGACUUGCAGUAGGAUCUUUACAGAUUCUCUUGCCAGUUCCCUCUUGCUCUUCACCACGAAACCAUUAACAGUACUAAGGAAAUUUUCUUUAAAUGGUAUGCAUAUUGGUAAAAGGGGUGUGCAUAUUGUUAAUUGCCCCUAUAAUAGAGCAAUUCUCUCUUAUCUUCAGAACACAGUGGGCAUGAUUAAUCUAAAAUUAAGUACUUUUCAGUUUCAUUGAUUUCCAUAGGAAAAAUCCAUUACCUAUGCAGCUAGACUGUGCUAAAUCUAUUUUUGAUUAGAUCUUUAAUAUGGAACGAGUUGCCUACUAAUACUCUAAAAGCCUUCAUCCCCAGUUCUUUGUUGAAUCUUCAGAAUCAACUGUUAGAAUUCCCAUGAUAAAUGGCAGCUCCGUAACACUAAGCUUAUCCUUAGCUUACUGAGUUGAAAGGGUUGGGACGGGCAGGAAAUGGCAAAGACAGGGGAACAGUGGGAGUGAAGAGACCUGGUAGCCUGACAUCCUGAAGUAUUAGAACCUAAUACUAAGAGAGAAAUACUUGGGAGCAUGAAGAAUAAAUCAGGAGAGACAACAACUGGCUCAAUGUGCUAUCAAGGUGUAUCCAAAAUGAUUCUUUCUUUGAUUCUGCCUGGUGUUGCAUUUACUUCAAAAUGUUUUCUUUGUUCCUUUUUUAUUUUUAAAGGGCAGUAACGGUGGAAUAGUACAAAUGCUUGUCUCCGAAAUGGUAAACUCUGAAGUCUUUUAAAAACCUGGUUAAAUGUGCAUUAAUGCCAAUUCAAACAUGAUGGAUUCAUCUAGGUUAUCCUUUUUGUCCAUUUCUUU